GAUGUAACUUUAGCUAUAUAUUCCCUUACGUCUACAUAAAAAUGUCAUCAUUCCACUUUAAGGGAAUACUAGGUGCUACUUGUUAAAAUUUAUUCGACCACAGUUAUUAGCGCGUAUUUUUUACUCAUUAUAACAAACCAUUUCUUGAGGACAUAUGCACUAUAAUAUUGCCGAAAGGGCGGCUAAAGGAAGAAUGCGGUCUCAGUCGCUGCAGUCGGGGCUCUAGCCUUGAUUUGAUUGACGUGGCGACCAUCCCGCAACCCAUCUUGUGGAAAAAAAACUGUGAAGACUUAGUCCCCUCACCUCAAGCUAUACUAUCGCUAUGUGGUGGUACAGGAAUGAUAUCAGUCCCUUGGCACAUUCCACAUAUGACUGUUGCGAGCUUUCUUUUUCACAGGGGUGUCAUCCCCCAUCCCCAGGCAGGACCCAGAAGUCCGGAAUGCUUUGGGAGAAACAGAAAAUAACCCCCUUGGGUGAGGAUGUGUGCAAGGCUGGGUCCAUCCCCUUCAUGACUCUCGCCCAUGAAUUAGAAGCAAAACAGGGAGAAAUCUUGAAAAUUAUGAUUCUCAGCCAAAGGCUCUGUCCUGGGGGGUCGAAAAAAAACUAAGUUUAGAAGGAGGAGUCAUUAGGUUUUGAAAUGUCAUUAGCUGUUUGUUUGUUUUUAAGGCUUAACCAUCUCAACUGGAUGUUGACCGGUCCCAAACCAAACGACAAUUGUUAAACCAUACUCUAUUAUCUUGUAUAUCGAUUAUCAUGGAGCAUUACUCAACA